UCUCUUCCGAAUGCAUAGAAACCCAAAAGGGCAGCUGAGAGCUUAAACAACUUGUUCAUCAAGUUCCAAGCUUUCUUCGCAGAGAAAAUCAGAGCUAAAACACAAGAAAAAUGGCGAGAUACGAUAGAGCCAUUACGGUAUUCUCACCGGACGGUCAUCUCUUCCAAGUAGAAUACGCUCUCGAGGCCGUCCGUAAGGGCAACGCCGCCGUCGGGGUUCGCGGUUCCGACACCGUCGUCCUUGGCGUCGAGAAGAAAUCCACCCCCAAACUCCAAGAUUCUAGAUCGGUUCGGAAAAUUGUGAAUCUUGAUGAUCAUAUUGCACUUGCUUGUGCUGGACUCAAGGCAGAUGCACGAGUUCUGAUAAACAGGGCUCGUGUUGAGUGUCAAAGCCAUAGGCUUACAGUUGAGGAUCCAGUGACUGUUGAGUAUAUAACGCGAUACAUUGCAGGGCUUCAGCAGAAGUACACACAGAGUGGUGGAGUAAGGCCAUUUGGGCUUUCCACUUUGAUUAUUGGGUUUGAUCCUUACACUGGUGCUCCAUCAUUGUAUCAGACAGAUCCUUCUGGGACUUUUUCCUCUUGGAAAGCCAGUGCAACCGGGAGAAAUUCAAAUUCGAUUAGGGAAUUUCUUGAGAAGAACUACAAGGAGACUUCUGGGCAAGAAACUGUGAAGCUUGCUAUCCGUGCAUUGCUCGAGGUUGUCGAGAGCGGAGGAAAGAACAUAGAGGUUGCUGUGAUGACAAAGGAACAUGGGUUGAAACAAUUGGAGGAAGCUGAAAUUGAUGCCAUUGUUGCUGAGAUUGAAGCAGAAAAAGCAGCGGCAGAGGCUGCCAAGAAGUCCCGGCCGAAGGAAACAUGAUCACUUCUCUUGUAGUACUCACCGACUUGGUCUGGUUAAGUUUAUAUCUUUUGCAAUGUGCUUAAACUUCGAACCUGGAAAGAUUGUCAUGGAAUUGGACCCACCAUUGAAGCAUUGCAGUCAGCUUCAUGCACCCAAUGAACACCAAAUUGAGUUUCCUUUAUAGAGAUUUGCUAUAUAUAUUAUCUUAUGGUUUUAGGGAAUGAGAC